AUGUCUCUCGCUGCUGUGCCCACGGCGUCGCUGCUAUCAGAGCUCCAGAGGCGCAUCGAGUGUUCAAGCAAGAAAGAGCGUCGUGCCAUCUUCAUCGGACCCCCUGGAUGCGGGAAGGGUACGCAGUCGCCGUUGGUCAAAGACGAGUACUGUCUCUGCCACUUGGCUACGGGCGACAUCUUGCGCGCUGCGGUAGCUGCUGGCACUGACAUGGGCAAGAAGGCUAAAGCUGCGAUGGAGUCGGGCGCUCUUGUGACCGACGAGAUUGUCGUCGGUAUCAUCAAGGACGCCAUCAAGAGUCCGGAAUGCCGUCAUGGCUUUAUCCUUGACGGCUUUCCACGAACGGUCGUGCAGGCCAAAAAGCUUGACGAGAUGUUGACGAAGGAAAACACUUCGGUGGACGCUGUGGUGAACUUUAACGUGCCGGACAAGGUGCUGGUGGAACGCAUUGCCGGUCGACGCGUGCACUUGGCUAGUGGCCGUAGCUAUCAUGUCAAGUUUGCUCCGCCGAAAGUGGACGGCAAGGACGACAUCACGGGUGAGCCGUUGAUCCAGCGCAAGGACGACAAUGAAGCCACGCUGGGCUCGCGUCUGGAAGCUUUCUACAAGCAGACGCAGCCCGUGAUUGACUUUUACCGUGAGCAGGGCAAACUGGUGGAAGUGAAUGCCCACACGGAAAUGCAUAAGGUGACGGAGCAGAUCCGUAAGAGCCUCGGUUCGGAUUAG